AUGAGUGUUCUGGGAAUUCCCACCAUGACGAAAGUGAGCUUCAUCUCAACUGAGAGAAAUAUCGAAGAGAUUUGGAAGCAAAAUUUAAUCGAGUCAAUGGCCAAAGCAGGACGGGAGGAGAAAAGAAUAGCAGAGGAAAUGGGGAGCUAUAAUGAAGGCGUUCCAGCUAUCACAGUUAUUGUAGACGGAGGAUGGAGCAAGCGGUCACACAAGCACUCCUACAAUGCAAACUCAGGUGUUGCCAUCAUUAUUGGCAAGGAGACCGGCAAGCUUCUCUACAUAGGUGUGCGAAAUAAGUACUGCCAUGCCUGUGCACGAAACAUCUCGCCUGACAAGCAUGCUUGUUUCCGCAACUGGAACAAGUCAUCUUCUGAAAUGGAGACAGACAUUAUCCUGGAAGGGUUCCUUGAAGCUGAGCAGGUCCAUGGUGUGCGGUACAUACACUUCAUAGGAGACGGAGAUGGUUCUGUGCAUCCUACGCUCAUACAGAAUGUUCCAGGGUGGGGACAUGCCAUCAAGAAGCUGGAAUGUGCGAAUCACGCUUGCAAGUGUUACCGAGGUGCUCUUGAGAGGCUUGUUCAGGAUAACCCAUCCUACAAGGGAACUGGUGGACUUACGCUGAAAACAAGAAAGCGACUGGUUUCUGCUGCUCGAGCUGCAAUCAGGAUGAGGAGCGACCCGAAGAAGGCCCUGAUAUCACUCAAACGUGACUUGCAGAAUGGACCACGUCAUUGUUUUGGCUUUCACGAUGACUGCAGCCCUGACUUUUGUAAGACAAGCUCUCAUCCGCAACAAUAUCUCCCUCGCUCACUCAGUCCACAUCUCAACCGUCAACUUCCAGUGAAAACAGCGAAGACAAUGAUGACGUGCUUGAUGGUAUUGUUACUACACAAGAGGCUUUGUGGAGUGAAACUGUUGAUGACGAUCCGAUGGUACGAUUGGAAGCUCGACAAGGUGGACACACACCAACAAACGUGGACCCACGACUUUACCAUGACAUUCAGGUACAACUAAAUCGACUUGUGAGCAAAGCAUCUCAGCUGAUAGGAAACGAGACAACAAAUCUGGCAGAAUGUUGGAUGCAUAUUCGUGCUAAAUUUGACGGUGGGAAGGUCGUGGGAAGGUCAUCAAUCGAUCACAGAGUGGCUCUUGGGAACACAGAUGCAUGGGAGCAGGGCUUAGGCAGAACCUUGGAAGAAAAUGGGGACCACAGACCUGGGAACAGAUGGCAGGAUCGAUGCCAAAUAAAGUAUUCUCUGACGCAGCAGAACGUUCUGCUAAGACAGUCUCUAAUGACAGAAAGAGAAAAGGAACAAAUGAAGCAAAAGAACAAAGACGAAAAAGCAAGUACACUAAAAUAGAUAACUCAAUUGCAGCUCGCAAAGCUUACACUAGGCAUGACGAAGGAGUUUCUCCGGAUGAAAUAACUGAAGACAUUUCCUCGCAGAGACUUGAAGAGUUGAAAACAAGCUUUUACCAGACAAAAGUGGUCGUCACUUGCGAAGAAGCACAAACAAUUGAGAAGAAAACAAGACAACAGGCAGAGAAUGAUGAGUGGAAGUAUGAGAGAAGGAAGAGAAUUACAGCAUCAAGAGUGGGAGGAAUAGCGAAAAUGAAAGAGACGACAAAAAAGAGUAAUAAAGUCAAAGAUCUACUGUACAGCACAUUUAGAGGCAACGAAGCUACACGUUAUGGCUCAGAAAAGGAAGAACAAACAACACAUCAAUAUAUUGCUUACCAACGAAGGAAUGGUCAUCCAGAUUUAGAAGUUAAGACAUGUGGCUUGUUCAUUUCAGAGCACAACAAUUGGCUGGCUGGUUUAGUUAACAACCCAAGUGAAACAUCCCAUCCUCAAGGACUAGUUGAGAUUAAAAAUCCUUUUUCUGCUAAGGAUAAAAUGCUAACAGAAGCAUGUACGAAGUCAAGUUUCUGCCUGCAAGUUGAUAAGAAGACAAAUAACAUACAACUGAAACGAAGAUGACUACUAUUAUCAAAUACAAUGUCAAAUGUACUGUACUGACACACAAUGGUGUGAUUUCGUACUACGAACAAACAAAGACAUUCACAUCGAGCGUAUCAACAGAGACAAUAGGUGGUGGGAACUACAACUAUCAAAAUUAAGGAACUUUUAUUAUACUGCACUUUUGUCAGAGUUAGCUUGCCCCAGAUUCCGUAAUGGUGGUAUCAGGGAGCCUACCUCAACCAACACAUCAUCAUAAUCAUCAUCAUAAAAUCAUCAUAAUUCACCUAUCACUGAACAUGGUAAUCAAAUAAUACCUACUUACCUAG